AUGUGGAGGAGCCCAGGCCGAGUUGCGGGGAGGGCCGAGGUCCCGAGGAACCGGUCGCUCCCCCUGAUUGGCUGGGUUGCAUCCCCCGGUCCCCGAUCCCUGUGCGAGUCCCACACCUACCACGGCCCUCGGAGCACAGUCCUCCACACUGGCAGAUCAUUAGUUGUGUGUCUGUGUUCUGAUUCGAGACGAGCGGUGAUCCGGGGGAUCAGUUCUGGCCGAGGAGUCUGGGCCGUUUGGACUGUUGGGAACUGCCCUAGGGGCCUUACACGGUACACCCAGCAUGUCGUCGACACCGUCCACAACGGGGUUUGGUGUCACCCACGGGAGAAAGCCUGCUCGAGUGACGUGCAGAGCAGAAAUGCCCAAGGUCGUCCAUUGUAA